AUGGCGGACGUUUCGGUUUUCCCCUCCCAACGCGAGCUCGGCGCGGCCCUGGCGCGGUUGGUGGUGGAAGCGGCGACCGAGGCGGUGGCGAGCAGUGGCCGCUUCACUCUGGGGCUCUCCGGGGGCUCGCUGGUGGCGCUGCUGGCGCGGGAGCUGCCGCCCGCCCUCAGGGAGGCGCCCGGGGCCGACCCUUCGCGCUGGCUCGUGGCGUUCUGUGAUGAGCGCCUGGUGCCGCUCGAGCACCCCGAGAGCACCGGCGGCGCCUACCGGUCCCAGGUGUUCUCCCAGUUGCCCCCUCCUGGUCCCCAGUUUCUUUUCGUCUCCACUGGGCUGGGCCCGGCCGAGGCUGCCAAGGACUACGAGGAGCAGCUGCGGAGGGCGUUCCCAGACCAGGAGGUGCCCCAGUUUGAUUUGCUGGUGCUGGGAGUGGGCCCGGACGGCCACACCUGCUCCCUGUUCCCGGGCCACGCCCUGCUCCAGGAGCAGGAAUCGCUGAUCGGGUUCCUCAGGGACUCCCCCAAGCCCCCUCCCCUCAGGGUCACCAUGACUCUGCCCCUGCUCAACUCCUCUCGUUCCGUCCUGUUCGCCGCGGCCGGCUCGGAAAAAGCGCCCGUGGUGCAGCGCAUCCUGCGGGAGGACCCGGAUUUGUCCCUCCCGGCCGCUCGAGUCCGACCCCGGGCGGGGAAACCGCGCUGGAUCCUGGAGCGGGGGGCGGGGCUGGGGCUGCGCCUGCGCCGGGGCUCGGCUCCCAUUGGCGGGAAUUGAGAAAUUCCCAGCGCCGGGAAACGCCGCGGGACGGAGCGGGAAUUUUCAUGGAAAAAUGGAGAAUUUGGGGGAGGAAAUGGGGAAUUUUCAUGGAAAAAUGGAGAAUUUGGGGGAGGAAAUGGGGAAUUUUCAUGGAAAAAUGGAGAAUUUGGGGGAGGAAAUGGGGAAUUUUCAUGGAAAAAUGGAGAAUUUGGGGGAGGAAAUGGGGAA